CAUCAACAACCGCCUCACCCACCAUCUAUCAUCCCCAGCCUUCGUUGGACCAAGGCAAGUAUAUAUAAUGGUCCAGCCAAAGAAGGUUGCCAUCAUCGGCGCCGGCCCAUCGGGACUAGUGACAGCCAAAACGCUCCUCCACAGCUUCCCCGAUGGAACAUUCAUUCCUAGUGUAUUCGAGAAGAAUUACGGAAUCGGUGGACUUUGGCCCAUCGGGGUCAAUCAUGGAGCAGAGCCACGGAUCAACCCAUGGGCACGAACGAAUCUAAGUCGGUUCACGGUGGCCUUCUCCGACCUUUCCUGGGAGUCUGUUAUGGGCGAUGAGGAGCUGUCCAUGUUCCCGCAGGCGAGACAGGUGGGCAAGUACCUGGAGAAGUACGCAGAUCUAUAUAUACCCAAGGGGGUUUUGAGGCUGGGGAAGGAAGUCGUGCGUACAGUUCGCGAAACGGAUGGGUUAAGAGCUAGAUGGACGGUACAAUGGACUUCAAGAAGCAUAGACAGUAGUGGUAUGAUAUAUGAGAGUUCUGAAAUAGAAUCAGAACAGUUCGACUACCUUGUCGUCACUUCUGGAUAUUUCGGGAAAGCACACUUUCCGGAUAUACCUGGCCUCGCUAGUGUUGCUGAUAAGGUCGUUCACAGCUCCGAAGUGCAGACCACUGAUGGUGUCUAUAAGCUGCUUGAGAGAACCGGUGCCUCGGGGGGCAGUAUGUCAGGAGUCGAAGCUGCUUCUACAGUGGCUCUCAACCUAUCUUCGAUGGACUUCGUUCCACCCGUGACUCGAUCCGGCAGAAACUACGAAGUGCACCACAUUUCUUCAAGGCCCUUCUGGACGGUACCUACUUACCUCCCUCACAAAGGCUUCCAGGAUCCCACAGAGGCACAAGACACACAAUUCCUCCCCCUUGACCUCGUCUUCUACGACCUAGCCCGGCGUCCUCCCGGCCCAGUUGAAUACGGUCUCGGACCGCUCUCCACGCAACAGAUACGCAAAACAAACGCAUACUUCCACUCCAUCCUCGGAGACGACUACGCGAAGAUCGGCAGUUUUGGGAUCAACAACAACGAGAACCAAGAUCCACAGCCAUCCUGGAUAGCCAUAGGAGACGACUACGCCGAACACGUCCGCUCCGGCUUCAUAAAAGUCACCAUCGGCCGAGUUUCCAGCAUCGACAGCACAUCAACUCUCACCGUCACUCUCCCCAACGGCGAACACCAGACCAUAUCCAACAUCACCGCCAUAAUAACCGCCACCGGCUACACCCCCUUCUCCUCCCUCAGCUUCCUCCCACCAUCCAUCCUCUCCACCCUCGAAUACUCGACCAAAGACCCCUUCCUCCCCCUCAUCCUCGACGAAAAAGGCACCUCACACGCCGAAGUCCCCGACCUCGGCUUCGUCGGCUUCUACCGCGGACCCUACUGGGGCGUGAUGGAAAUGCAAGCCCGAAGCCUAGCAAGCACAUGGGCCAAAGACCCAUCCUUCACCGGCCCCUACUUCUCCAACGAUCAACUCCUCCAAAGGUCCCACGAGAGAAGCCUCCUCCGUUCCCUCCGAACCAACAACCCCGGCCUCGGCCGCAGCCAAUUCCCCAUGGGCGACUACGUAGGCCUCAUGGAAUCCCUCGCCAGGGAGCUCAACAUCCCUCGUUCCCCAAUAUCAUCAACCGACCACCACCUCAACCCCAACUCAAGUCCCGGCCCCGUAAUCCCCUCCCGCUACAUCCCAACCCCCUUCUCACCCCCAGACCCCUCAGACCGCCUCUCCCUCUCCACCCUCAUCAACCGCCAAAGCACCUCCACCAUCAAAACCCUCCAAAACACCAUCCUCCCCACCCCCAACAACCUCAACCUAGGCAUGAGCACAGCCAUCUUCCGAUCCCUCCACGGAACCUGGACCUUCACCCGAACAAUCCACACCACUACCACCUCCCCCUCCCCCUCCCCCUCCCCUUACCACCAACCCCCCACCCCAAACAAACCCACUCCCAAACAACAACAACAACAACAACAACAACCGGCCACGCAACCUUCCACCCGCGGCACCCAUCCACCCCGUUCUACGAAAAAGAAUACCACAAGCAAAAGCACAAGUACAAGGAGCAGAUCCAUCUACCGUCUCGUGGAAGGCACCUGGUCAAAGAAAAACGGAAAUUUCCUUGUUUGGGAUGUGGAUAGUGAUCCUUUUCAUGCGGGGAUGUUCUCGCAUGGAGUGAUUUUCGGGUUGGCGAGCGAGGGCGAGGAGAGGGGGAGGUAUGUGGUUCGUGCGAGACAGGGGGGGCUUCAUGUUCAGAGGGAGAAGGAGAGGGAUCCGAAGUAUGAUUAUGUUUUUUAUCUGGAUGGGGUGUCGAUUGUUGGGUGGGAGUGUGUGCUUAGGGAGAGGGUUGUCGGGGGUGGGGGAGAGUUGGUGGUUAGGACGGUGUAUGUGCGGUGAUGAUAUUGAUUGGUAUUUAGUACAUAUAGUAGGUGUUCUAGGAGUUUGUACAAGGGAG